AUGACUGUUCAAGAGAUGGCGCCUGUUCUCGAGAACAAGUAUCCUCGUCGUGGAGAUCGCCUGCAGGAGGAGCCAUCGGCCAAAAAUGCUCAAGGCUUGUUCCCCCCAGAUGCUUGUAUCUUUGUUGGAAACUUAUCCACGAAGGUUGCUGCGGAGGCAAUGACGGAAGACUUGAAGAACGCGUUCACCGUCUAUGGUCCGUGUCAUGUUAAGAUUAAACAGGAUAAGAAAAAAGGUCUUCCAGGUGCAUUUGUGCAGUUUGAGCAAGUGGAACAUGCAAAUGCAGCACUGAAUCCUGAUGAACGUAUCACUUUGCAUGACCGGUGGCUACGCAUCGAAAGAGCCAAAGGAAGAAGAACCGCUUGUCUUGGUCUCCGCUCUGGAGCCCCCAUCACACAGCAAGAUAUCUCAUCUGCACUGAGUGAUCGGGGUCAUCUGGAGUUCUACUGCAUCGAAUCGUUCCCAACAGGACCUCACACAUGGACGUGGAUCUGUAAAGUCACAUUUGCCUACGUGGACGACUGCAGAGACGCCAUCAAGUACUUCCAAAAAGAUUCAAAGUACUACCUCAGUCUUCUCGACAUGGACGGUAGCCCCCUGGCUCCUAACGUAGGGCGUCCUCUCCCUCUCCGUCCCAGGGCCAACAGCUCCUCUCAGCCAUGGCGCAACAAUAACCACAGCAACCAAAAUGGUCAAAACGGUCGAAACGGUCAUCCACGGUACAACAAGCCAUAUCGCAAUGGCAACGGACCCAGCCGGGGUGGCUAUCGUGGACCUCCCAGAUAUCCCAACCAACAAGCCCUGCAGGAGAAUAUUCAUCCUCCUCACUUCAAUGGCGAGUUCCCCGUUCCUCAGUUCCGUGGAGACAUGCCCCCGCCUCAUCUCCGAGGUGGUUGCCCUAACCCUCCUUACUGGGGCCAUGGUAUGCCUUACAACAAUGACCCGCAUCCAUCAUUCUAUCCUCCUCCGCCGCAUCACCCCAUGAACGGGUUUGGCAAUCCCCCAUUCAUUAUGAAUGGCCCACCGAGAUAUGAUCAUCCCAAUCUCCUCCCACCUCCAGAAAUGUAUAACCCUGGUAUGCCCAACGGGCCUUUGAUCGUCAACGGUCAGCCGCCAUAUGGUGGCCCUAACCCGGCGUUUUAUCCCGAGUUCUUCACACCUGAGAGUGCUUUCAUGAGCCCACCGUCCAGUGUCUCGAGUCAGCCCGGUGGCUACUUUCCACCGCAGCCCUACACUGAGCCUUAUAUGCCCGGUCCCCAUCCCGACUACCUGGUUCCGCCGAGUGCUCCAAUCAAAAUUACACCACCGCCGACGGAGAAGACUCAAGUGGUCGAGGAAAAGGCCACUGACAAUGGAGGCGAUGAUGAAGUCACCGAGACAGGAAGUAUAGAGAAGUUGCUCGAACGCAUGACAGUAGAGCAGGCACCGAAGCUCAUCCGCGUCUAUGACUCUGACACGGAGUCCGAUGGCGAAGCAGAUGAAGACAAAGUUCCGGUACCAAUUCCGGCAUCAACUGUUGAGCACGAUUCCCGCAAACAUACCGUUACAAUUCUUGACCCAGUCAAAGAAGAAGACGAAGAAUCAGCUGUUGAGAAAGCACAUGACACACAAAGUUCGGAGCAAACUGCCGUUUCAGGACCUUCAUCAGAGGAUCAAGCAUCCACGCCGAGUCAUUCAUGCUCUCGCUCUCGAUCUUGCUCUCCUCCUUCUCGUGUCCCAUUUGAAGUGCCUUCCAAGUCUUCUCCAAAGGCUGCCUGCCAGAACAUUCACGCUGUUGGUGGAAAGACCAUCGCGGAGUAUGUACGAUCCAUGGUGGAAGCACGGCAGCAGGAUAACAUUGAUGAGACCUUCGAUGAGAGUUUGGUCCGAGAGGUUAUUCUGUCACUGGAACUGGAGAUGCAGCAAGAGAAAGAGCUGGAAAUCGCAGAGGAAAUCGCAGAGGCAGAUAAGAAGAAAGAGCAGGGCAAGGAAAGGUCUGUGAUUAACCGUGGAUCCAGCUCCUCGCGAAGCUGUUCAUUGACAAGGACCUGUUCGGUCAAGUCUAUUUAA